UUCAUUUCUAACCCGUACGUUCAUUAUAUAUAUCUACCAAAAUGCGAGCAGGUCCUCGCCACUUCUUUUUCUUCUCAUGCCUUGCACAGGUGCAGGCCUUCUUCAAAGUCCCCUGCAGCAAUCCCCUCGUCGUCGAGCGCGCCGACCCCAUAAUCGAACCCGGCGUUGCAGCCAGCCAUGCCCACACUAUCAUGGGUGGCUCCGGGUUCGGCUUCACCAUGGACUACAACCAGACCCAAGAAGCGCAGUGUAGCUCGUGCGCCCCGACUGCCGAUAAAUCCAACUACUGGAUCCCGACGCUGUACUAUAGAGCGGAGAACGGGAGCUUCAAAGCCGUAGAGCAAAACGGGGGCGCUCUCAUCUACUACCUCCAACGCGAAGACCCCAACAACGCCAGCAUCCUGGCACCACCGCAAGACCUCCGCAUGGUCGCCGGGGACCCCAUGGACCGGAAAUACAAAGACACGCACGCCGCGGACGCCCGGAGCUACGCCUGCCUCGACUACACCGGCGGCGCGAAGCCCGAGACAAACGGGUUCCCGAACUACAACUGCCCCGACGGGCUGCGCACGCAGGUCUUCUUCCCGUCGUGCUGGGACGGGGUGAACUAUGACAGCGACGACCAUAGAUCGCACAUGGCGUACCCCAACGAGACGUACAAUGCGGGGCCCUGUCCGGAGAGUCACCCGGUUAAGAUUGUGUCUAUUUUCAUUGAGGUUAUCUGGCAUACUGAGGACUUUGCGGACGAGUGGUAUGGUGAUGGCCAGCCGUUUGUCUGGUCGAAUGGAGACCCAACGGGGUAUGGGCUGCAUGGGGAUUUUAUAAACGGCUGGGACGUGCCGGUCCUCCAGGAAGCACUCGACACAUGCGACGAUGAGGGCGGGGACAUUGAAAAGUGCGGUGCCCUGACUCUCUACAACGACACCAUGACAGAGGGGUGUAUGCUGGAGGCCUCCAUCGACGAAAAGCUCACGGGCUGGCUCGACGCCCUCCCAGGCUGUAACCCCGUGCAGGACGGCCCCGCGGACGCAAAAAAGCCCACCGACUGCAACGCCCCGAAAGCAAUCGACAAGCCGCAGCACUACUACACGGACGUGACGGAGGAGCUGGGGUGGGCGUGGAUCGGGUGCGCGCGGGACAAUGUCGACGGCCAGCGGGUUCUUAGCGAGUCCAGUAGCAGCGGCGACGAUAUGACCGUGCAGAAGUGUAUCAGCAGCUGCAAGGCAGAUGGGUAUAGCCACGCGGGGGUGGAAUUCGGGCGCGAGUGCUACUGCGGGAACGACAUCGAGGAUGCACGACGGCCGGCGAUCGCGCCGAUGGGCAAGUGUUUGACCCCGUGCGGUGGUGACGCUGGCCAGAUGUGCGGUGGAGCAGCGUAUGUUGGGCUGUAUCGUGUGUGUGGAACUGAAGCUGGGGAUGGGGAUGGCGAUGGGGCAUGUACGAACAUGGAGUACCCCGCGGUUCCCCAGUAGAUUUAUUCUAUAAAAUAUCUUGCCGUGCGGAAUUCCCGUGCUUCUGGAAUCUGCAAACGAUGAUCGAUCGAUGUAAGGGAUGCAUCGCACCACAUUUCUCUGUUAAGCAAGGAGUCUUGUCCCACGCAGAUGGACACAAGAAUGUUCGAAUGUCCAGCGAAUGUUCCAGCACAUGUUCGAUGGUGGAACAUUCCCAAGAAGCAUUCUCGUUCCCAUCCAACAACACGUUUUCCCUGAAUGGUC